UGUGAGCGCCAUCAUCAGCGAAUAGGCAGGCAAUCAUGGCUGGAGAAAGUGAUUAAGUACAGAAAUCACGUUGAUCAGACUACCUACCUAAUAUUUAUCAUGACUGGUAAUUUUAUGUUGGGCCUUCUCUCUACCAUCAUGGUCUCAUACAACAUGGCUUGACCUCUGACCCUUGAACAAAUCAAACCCACUCCUGAUAGAACAACUCCGAGAUAUAAACUUACUCUUAUUUCAUCUCUCCUUCAACCUCUGCUGAUUUAAAAAUGGCAACUCAAGAAAAGGCUCAAGAUCUUUGGGAACUAUCAGAACAAGACUGCUAUGUCGCUCUGACUCACGAUCAUCUCAAUGCCCAGGCCAUCAUGGACCGGGUGCGCAGCCCCUCAGCUGGUGCAAUCGUGCUAUUUGCAGGUACUACCCGCGACAACUUCGCCGGAAAGGCAGUAAAAGAACUGCAGUAUACAGCUUAUCAUCCCAGAGCUCUGAAGUCCAUGAUGGCCAUUGCAAAGGACGUUCGCGAUAAGCAUGGUCUCCGCGGGGUAGCCAUGAUUCAUCGCCUCGGAGCUGUACCUAUCGCAGAAGAGAGCAUCUUAAUCGCCGUCUCAUCACCGCAUCGACAAGCGGCGUGGCGAGCUGGUGAAGAGGCAUUGGAAGAGUGUAAAUCCAAAGUUGAGGUUUGGAAACGUGAGGAGUUUGAAGGUGAGGAGGGGGUAUGGAGAGCGAACCGAGACGGAGCUAUAGGACAGCGCGAAGAAAGUUAAUGCCAUUUGAUGCGAAUUGGAAAUAGACUCAAGCUUUUGGCAAUUCAUCUU